CUCGCUGCAUUAUUAGGAAGUGGCUUUCGUCCGAGAUUAUGUAUCAUGCAAAAGAAGGGAGGGUCCCCUUCCUCAUCACAUGAUAACUUUCCUGUUUUAGGCAGGGCUCUGGGUUUCAGCGAGUAGUUAUUUGGCAGUGGAUUAAAGGGCGAUUCUGUCUCCGUGAUGAUGUAGGUCAGAUGCUUGCAAAUGUUUGGCGAGAAAGAAAUAUCCUUCCCAGUAAAAGUGCAAAAUACCACAUGCUAUGUAGCUGGAAGCAAUCUGUCAUACAAGAAUGAAGGGGGCUGAAACUGUUGGUGUAGCUUAACCCAUAUGUUCUGCAUAGAAUUGAAAUUUAUGAGUAAUGAAGGCUCCAUGUGGACUAAUUCAGAGUUGCACAGUGUGAGACCAGUCUAAUGCUUUAUAUAUAUUAUGUGUAUAUGAAAAAAAUCAGUUCUUGUGCAGCUUUUGUAAGGACUCUCUCUCACCGGUCAGAGAGACAACGGUACUGAUAAUGUCUCAGAACCCAUUCAAGAAGACAGUCUCGCUGAUGUUCCUCACAGAAGAACCUGAGUUUAGGCUGAUGCUGAGAGAUGCUGUCUCCAGGAUGGAAGAGACUGUAAGGAACCUACUCCAGAAUCAAGGCACACUAGGGCAGAGUUCAGGAGCCACAGCUGACGUUUUAAAAGCACGCCAGGGUAAACUGUCAGAAGAAGCAGCAGCUUGCAAGGAGACAGCAGCAGAUAUUAAUGUAGCGACUGAUCAGUAUUCAAACAGUGCAAGUAGUACUGUGCAACAAGAAAGAACGGUGCACCUUUUGGAACGAUUGCGAACACUAGAGGCAGAGAACUCAGCCUUAGCCUUAGAAAAUGAGCAUCAGAGAGAACAGUAUGAACGAUGUCUUGAUGAGGUUGCCAAUCAAGUUGUACAAGCAUUGCUUACUCAAAAGGACUUAAGAGAAGAGUGCCUGAAAUUGCGCACGAGGGUGUUUGAUCUUGAACAACAGAAUCGAGCAUUAAGUGUUCUUUUCCAGCAAAGAGUUCGCCUAGCCUCUGAUUCCCUUCUACAGAAACUUCACUCACGGAUUGUAGAUCUUUCAUCUGGAGACCUCUUCUCUAAUGCAGAGCGGAACAGAAGUCCUAUCCAGUCAAGAAUUACAGAGACUCAAAUUCAUGGAGCUCUGGAGAAUGUACCAACUAUUUUGAAGUGCCAGAGUCAAUUAAAUCUGGCAGUACCUACUCAACUCUAUCCUAGGAGCAGCUGUAGCAGCAGUGAACUCUCUCUCUCAAGUGCCUGCAGUGAACAUUCAAGUGGCUCCUUUACUUGGAAUGAAGGAAAGACAUGCAGUAAGAGGUCUUCUCUAAGCUGGGAAAAGAGACUCAGUAUUGGCUCCUCACUUCCCAGCAACCUCUCCAGUCCUGCUGAAGAACUACCUCCAAUUCGAGAGAAAGAAAACCACAUCCUGGAAGGAUUAAAGAAGCUACAAAAGAAAAAGCCUCUGUCAGAGCCAUCCUCAUUUGUGUCAAAAUGGGCUUACAAGGAUUGCAUGAACUCAAAUGAAGGGAUUUACUCUCUUGGUCUAAAAUGUCAGAAUCACUACAAGAGUAAAGAUCAAACACAUCUUAAAGCUGUCGAUAAAGACAUGUGCCUAGAGCAAAGUAAAAUAUUUGGGUAUGAUUCUGACUCCCAUGAUGAUCCAGAUGAUGACUGUACAGCAAUCCUAACCGCCAAAAUUGAGGUACCAAGUAAAGACUGCAAAUCAUUCCGCAACAAGCUAACGCACAGUGUUUCCGAUAGUCUGUUCGGUUGGGAUGGCAGUGUAAAAUGUGUUUCAGAAAGGCUUACAAACACAAACUCAAGGGAAAUGCCUGAAAAGUUGACUAGUUUUGUCAGUAGCUUUCAAUCAAGUGAAAAACGAUGUCCAAGCAACAAGUUACCUGCAAAGAAAUUGCAAUUCGAUCUGACCAAACCACACAAUAAAGAUUUAACUAUCCAGCUCUCUGACACUGAAGAUAUUGAAAUGUUAGAUGAAGUGCAUCUGGAAUGCAAGGAGGAAAUAAAUUCUUCUGAUUUUGUAACAAGUUUAUUGACUGACAAACGGUCAGCGAGUCAUGCAAACUUACUCAGUUGCAAAAACACAUUAUUCUCAUCUGCAGACAAAGAUGAAGACCAUUUUUCAAGUUGCUCUGACAAAAGACCAAAGACUUUGAACUUACUGAAAGAGAAUUGUCAGUCCACCAAGUCUGUAAAAACGUCAUCUGCUGAAUGCCUUACAAUAGUGUUUGAUGCUGAAGAUGGCCAGCCAAUUAAAUUUAAUUCCCAGCAGAUAGCAAGUGUCACUGUGUCUUCAAAUGACAUUUCUAGUCCAAUUGCUUUAGAUGGGACUCACCAGCAAACUAUUUUUGCUAAAGAUGCUGCACUGAUGCCUCAAGGGUUGAUGAGUUGUCAAGGAGGAAGUGAUGCAAAGAAUUAUACAGUUUUAGAGUCAUUGCAAGGUCAUGCCAAGCAAAAACAGUUAGAAGACCCAGAUGUCAACAAGACAAUAUUUAGUUCGAGUCUUCAUACAGAUUCUGUAAAUUCUGACAGGCCAUUGACACCGCACAUUUUUCAACAGGAAAAAUUAUUGAAGCCAACUUUUAAUGCAGACCAUAAAUCAAACUGUGUAUCUUCUGUAUCUUCCCUGCAGAUAUAUUCUACUCAAAAGCCACGUCUAAGCAAAAUACCUAGCAGAGGCAAAAGCUCACCUCAGAAAGCCCGUAAAGUAAACAUUGAUCUUAGCAAUACAUUUUCAACAUCUCCUCCUCUUACUCAAGACAAGUCGCAAUCAUUAUCAAAUGCAAAACUUGCCAAACAUUUAAAAAUGCCAAGUAUUAGUAUUAAUCACUGUUUAAAAGGUGGAUCUGUCAAUCCAAAAUGUAGCCCACAACUUUCUCAGAACUCUAAAAUUACAUUCCACUGUGAAACAGAAGACAACCGUACCAAUAUGAUACAAGGAUCUUUGUAUUCCAGAAGACAGAUGACAGAUCACGGAGAACAUCCCACACAGGAUAAACAUGAUCAUUUGGAACACAAAGAAAUCAAUUCUCCAUCACCUCCAACUCCACCAGGGAGAUCUAGUUCGUUACUAUUUAGACCAAAUUGUGAACAUUCGCUGAAUAUAAUGACAAAAAAGGAAGAACCGAUUCUUGUUGACACAAACAUGGAUACAUCUGCAUCUUUAAACACACAAAGGAUUACAAGUUCUGUGUCAACGUGUGUUAAAUUGACUAAAGAAGUACAAAGUCAGCAACCACAGAACGCCCCAGAUAUGGCCUACAUGUGCAGUUCCCCCCAAUACGAAAGAAACACAUUUCAAAACUCAGUACAACAAUCCCAAGAAUCAAAUGGAGUUGCUAAAGAUUUGACAGUGGGCUCUUUUGAAAAAAGAUUUCAGAAAGCAAAUUGUUCAAAUAUUUCCACAUCAGUGCACAGUCAACCUUGUCCUCAAACUGCUGGUAAAGCCAUUAGAAGUUUAACAUGCAUUCAUGCAAACCAAAAGCAUCCAUCUGCACAAAAUACCUUCUCUGCCAAAGCAGUGCAAUUAUGUGAAAAUGAGUUGAUGCAACAAUGCAAACCAUCUAAUGUUUUAUCAACAUCCUCACAGUGUCAUGCCUCAGGUAUAAAUGAACCAUCACCUCAGCCACAGCCUUCUGGUCUGUCAUCUCCUUGUUCCAGUAAUAUUUAUGAUGAAAAAAACUUGAAAACUCGCAUUCCUGUUGGACUGAAAGGAUUUUUAAAAUCUCCCCCAUUACUGAGAAAAAGUUCAACUGUACCUGGGAAGCAUGAGAAAGAUACCAUUAAUAUCUAUUCUAAAGGAAAUGCAAUUCCAGUGAAAUCUAGGCAGACUGAUAUAUCAAAAAAUACAAAAUCUCUGGAACAAACAGCUUCAUUAGUUGACUUCAAGGAAAGUGGUGACCUUCAAGAUGACCUUAUUGUUAAAAUAGGUUUUCCUACAGACUUUGAGGAUAAAAUGAAACCUGACAGAAGCAUAGCUGAUGGGAGUGAUGUUGACAGCAUAGAAAUUAAGGCAUUUAAGAGGUCAGUUUCAGCUAAUAGCAAACCAAACCUUAAACCAGCCCUGGGCAUGAAUGGUGCCAAAGCUCGAAGCCAGAGCUUUAGCAAUCAGACUGGGGAGAAACCUUUUGUUUCAAUGGUUGAUGGGCCAGGAAAGGUACGAACACAGAUAAUUACAAACACAACAGAAAGAGGCAAUUCACUGACAAGGCAGAACUCUACUGGUGCAACAGAAGCAAUGCAAACAAAACCUGCCAAUAGUUCAUCAGCUACUCAAAGUCCUUCACAUUCUCCAAGAAUAGGGGAUUUUUCCUAUUCACGCCAAAUGUCCUAUGGAAGUGUAAGCAGCUCAAGCAGCCAUCACAGCAGUCCUAGCAAGUUACCCUGUAGAACUCCACCAAAGGGAGAUGGCCAUCUUAGUUCUUUUAAGUGUGAUGGCAACCAGUCACCACCUCAGAAAGAAGUCCGAAGUCUAGCUCUAACUGAUAAAUCCAGUGAGAAAAAAUCAAAACAAACGCCUCAGAAAGGGAAAAAUAUACUACAGACAGGAUAUGAGUAUCAGUCUUCAUCACAUUACUCUCCAUUGGAAAAUCUGAGCAAAUUGCAAAGUCCCGCCAAAGUGAAUAUGGUAAAAAAUGUCAAGAAACAAGAGAACCUUUCAAAAAGGCCUGAGACUUCAGACAAAGUAUCCAUUUCUACUUCCGCUUCUGGAACUCAAUGUAGCAUUGAAGCAAAAGUCAUGUUGGGAAUUCAACAAAAUAUGCAGAAGGUGCAAGGACAGGACAAGUUUCAGGUAUCAGAGAUAAAACAAAGGACUGGACCUUCAAUAGCCAAAUGGUUUGGGUUUCGAAAAAGCAAGUUACCAGCUCCGAAUAACAAAAAGUCUGAUACUUCAAAAUCCAAAGAUGAAAAGAAAGAAACCAAAAAUGAAAUCAAGCAAACAAAAUUUGACAAAAGGAAAGACAAAAGAAAAAGUGAAAAAGCCUGUGAGGAUAAUGAAGUUAUGAUAAAAGAUACCUACUUUAGUAAAAAAUUAGAUGGUGCUUCUCCAAGCAAAUGUUGUGAGAUCUCACUGCACGAAACACAUAACAGUAGAAAAAGUAGCCUUGCAUCAAAACACCAUGGCCAUAAGGAUCAUGAUUCAACAAAUGACCAGUUCAUGAAGGAACUUCUACACAGAGUUGAUAAGAAGGCUGUUCAUCAGAAGGAAAAUGGAUCAAAUCAUGUUUCCUGCAGGAACAUGUCUAAGGGCAACUCCCAUGGCUCUGUAUUUCCUAGCAACUCUAUCAGUGCUCAGGCAAACCUCGGAAUGAAUUAUAAAAUGAAGCCAGCCACAGAGGUUCAAAAUGAAAUUCAUAAGGAGUCGCUAAUUGAUUCCGAAGGUGAAGGUGAUUCAAAUCCACAUGAAAGUUAUGUUGAGUUGUGGCAGCUGAAUGAUCCAUCUUCAGGGAGCCCAUCUAAUUGGCAAGGUUUAAGUUAUGACAACCAGGGGGACGUAAAGGCCAGCAUUUAUUGUCCAUACUUAAUCCCCCUGGAGAAGGAGGUGAUUAUGAGUGUUCCGGAGAGAAUAAAUGUAGAUCCAGAUAACGCGAAGGAAGCUAUCGCUGAAUCCAUAGGCCAAGAUCAAAUUAUAGGGUCCAGCUGUCAGAUGAGAACAUUGGACAGUGGAAUUGGAACAUUUCCCCUUCCCGAUUCUACAAACCGGGUAACAGGAAGGCAUGUUCCCAAAACAAGAACCUACCUUGAAUGCGACCUUUCCUUAUCCCUGCAGGAAGCACCCCAUCUGAUCAAUGUUUCUCAAAAAGCAAAAACACUUGAACGAGAAGUGCCUUGCAGAACGGAAUGCAGCACUCCUGGGCCAGACAAGAUUGGCCAUUCAACGUCCGAUCCUACAGUGGCUGCCAAAGCUGUGCAGGCAUUUCAAAGUUGCCUUCCUAAGCCAUCUACAGCAGGAUUCCUGGUGCCUAAAUAUAAAGUACAAGAUGAUAUGAACCAGCAACGUCUUCCUGCCCAACUUCCAAAUAUUUGUAAAAGUGAACACUCAGGCUUUCCAGAGAAAAUGAAAGAUUUGCCGCAGCCAAGUAGCUCUCGAGUGCUGAGUACACAGGAGCAAGCAAUGCAUCUCUGUUCAUACUCAGCCAGUAGCAGUGACAAUGAAACAGAAGCAGAAUUUGGGACAAAUGAGACUGGAACUGAGCGUAAGGAAUUAUUCAGCAAAUUGAAAAACAGCAAGCAUGGAAAUCAGCAACACCAUAGUGACAAAUACUCAUGCUUUGGAAGUGCAUCGACAGCUCUUAGCUUCUGCCAGCCAAAUCUAUACAUGCAUUAUGGAAAGGAAAUACAACAACUCGGUGUUACACAGCUACAUAGUAACCUAAGUAACAAUGGCAAGGUUGGUGAUAAUCCAAGUAAUAUCAAACACGUGAAGAAAGAGGCGCCAGACUCCAAGUUGUACAGUCUGCCAACCGUCUCGUUAGACACCCUCAACAGGAUCAACUCCACCCGUCUGCACAUCACAGAAGAGGAGAAAAACUGCCCUACCAAGCCCGAGGCUGAGAAAGAGAGCGUUGGAAAAAAGGAAGAGCCGUCAACAAGGUCGCCUGAAAAAAGCAGUGUGGACCAGCUGGAAUCACUUAGCGACUCUUUGUACGACAGUUUCUCAUCGUGCGCCAGUCAAGCGUCUAAUGAGGUGUAGGAGUCAAAGGUAGAAUAGGCCGCUAAGCAGCAAGGUUCGAAUGGUACCGUAGCGAAAUGAAUGGUGUCGCCGGUUUCAACUGAAGGCGGACAAGACAUUCUUCGGACAGUGGAAUACAGUUAGAAAUAAAACUGGGAAACGCUGCAUGAAUGAAUGAACUUACUGUUUUUUUUUAAAAGGAAGACAAUUUUGCACUGUAUAAAUGUAAUUGUUACUUUCUGUAAAUUAGAAAAUGUAUCUGUAGCAAUAAAUGGCAAACAGUGGUGCAAUUUUUCCUUUGGCUCACAUGUUCAGCUGGACAGUCUGAGAUCACAAGUUCGAGUUGAUUUAUUUUUCUACAUCUGUGUUUGCGGUUUAUUUGAAUUGAAUACCAAUAGGAAGGCACUAUUCGUACUUUUGGAAACGUUAAAUGCGGCGUUUCUAAUAGUGCGCAUUAUCUCUAAGCAGUUUUUUUUUAAGACAAAACUUAUCAACUGCAAUAUUUGUACGUAGGAAAUAGACGGACUCAGUCCAGAAGAUGCAUUUGUAACUCUCAGGUGACGACAUUUUUGAAGAAAAUGGAUAACUAUUUCCCACCGCCUACGUGGUUUUGUCCAUUUUCCUGUUUUAUUUUUCAAAGCCAUGUCAGGGAUAUUUGUAACAUAACUGUAUUGUGUUCAUUUUAAAUGUUGUACUCCAUUAAGAGCACGUCUCCCGGAACGAGUCAGCCGAACCGCUCUGAUCAUUUUCAACUUCCCCUUUUUAAUCGUUUGAACAACUUGGUCCUAAAUCCCAGCUGCAGUUGCUGUGGGGAAACCGUCUUCUUCACAAGAAGAUCCCGCUGCUCCGACUGGAGCUUCCCGCCUUUGGAGAUAUCCCCACCCCACCUUGUUUAUUUACUGUGAGGCUUGUGUUCAUAGGUGUGGGGAAGGGACCACAUUUCAAAUGGUGUGUAUUUUUUCUAGCUGUGAGAUAUUUAUAUCUACUUUUGUACAUGGAAUUGUAAAGUAGUAUAUUUGAUAUUUUCUAGCAUACUGUACACAAGUUUUUGAAUUGGAACGGCUGAUAUAAAGUGUACCAAGUGUAAAAAUAAAAUCGAAUUCUGGCGGUACCAACAGUGUUACUUCAGUAUCCGGUGCAAUCUUAGAUGUUUAUAUUAGAAAUUGGUGUCAGAUGUUCACGCAAGGAGAUUGCCAGAACAAAUAAAAACAAUGUUUUUUUGCUUUCAAA